AUGGAGGGCGAGGCAGGGACCUGGAAUGAGCUCCCGCUGCGUAAGGACGACGGGACCACAGGCAUAUCUCCACACAGUCAUAUCGCCGCAUCUACGACGUACGGCGAGUUCCUCGCCAACUUUCGGCCCGGUCGAGAUCACCUCUACAAGGCCGUCCCGGUGGAUGAGAGGACUGGAAGCAAGGUGUACGAUGAGAACGCCAAGGACCGGGGAGAUCUGGCGAGUCUUCGAAGGGAAGAUACGGCUGCCGGAGGGAGCAUGAUCAACGGCGUGGCGCCCGGAGAGCCUGACGACGCAUCCAGGUGGUCAGUACCUGUCGUCAGGGCGGCGUUCAGUCGAGCGGUCGACAAGUCCAGGCAGGACUCAUUUGACGAGGGGUACGUGACCAGCGACAAGGAAGAGGGAUGGGCAACGGACGAGGAGGCGGAGGCGACGAAAAUGGGGAUUGUCCGAAAGGAGAAGGACGCAAAAGCCGCACCGCGCACCGGACCUCGCCCUACCUAUGUCGAGCCCCCACCACUUACGGCGCCACUGUCUCGGGUCUGGGCAGACAUGUUGAGGCGCAAUGAUGUCGCCAUCAAAUUUGGCUGCCCUGCCAAGGCCGCUGCGGACCGGCGGAGUCGCCCCGAGAGCGCAUCCAUCGAGGCCGCCAACGACUGGAGAUCAUCGGCGGAAGCGAUAGAACGGCGUAUCCUCGACGAAGCUCGCGUAUACACCUCGAAGCUUCAGUCGGUCCAGGGCAUAUACGCACCCGCAUUUUACGGUCUCUGGUCGUUCGAGCUGGCGGAGGGCCGAGUCUACAUGAUGGUGCUGGAGCAGCUUCAUCCCCUCAAGCAAGAGGGCAUCGAUCUCGCGCGGCCCGUACAGCCGCUCUGGGUACAGUGA